CAAGACCAGAACCUCCUCAGGAGCAGUGGAGUUCGUUUACUGUUGCUGGGCUCUCUUCUCCUUACAGGUAGUGACUUCCUUGGAGAGUGAAUUUUUAUUUGCGAGUGGUUAUCAAUUGGAGAUCAUCUGGGUUAGGGAUGGAGAGAGGAGUCCACUUCUUUGGGCCCUAGGACCUUAUCUGGUGACGAUCCAUGCAGGCCCUGUUCAGGCUGCCUCAGUUCUCCCAGUUCAUGUUCAUCGACCUUUUUUGAUUUAGAGGGCCUUGUCUUCUUGGUGUUCUUCAUCCCUCUGGUUCUUAAUCUUUCUGCCUCGGCUCUGAGGGGAGGAAUUUGAUAGACAUCCAUUUAGGGCUCACUGUUCCAAGGUCUCUCUCUCAUGCUCUUCUGUAUACCUUUUCUCUCUCGUUGUUUUUUUUUUUUUUUUUUUUUUUUUUGUUUGUUUUGUUUUUGUUUUUUUUUUUUCAACACAGGGUUUCUCUAUGGAGAUCCACCUGCCACUGCCUCCCUCGUGUAAGAUUAAAGGCAUACUCUAACCUUCACACUUCAGUCCGGAAAUACUUCUCCACACUGCACAAUGUGGUUCUGUAGCACUAUAUACACACAUUCUUUAUAUCAUGGCACCAGACAUCAUAUAGUCUCUGUACAGGACAUCUAUCCCAGAGCUGAGUCUGUUCGGGGCAAAAACCAAUGACUUACACAUACUUGAAGCCAGGUACGCUGUGGGACAUAAUAAGUGGAACUUGAGUUAAACUUGAAACGUGAUUGUGGUUAUUGAGGGUUGAGGAUUUGCAAAGUCAGUGGGGAGGCCCUCCACACCUGAGCUCUAAGUUACCAGAGCUGAGUCAUGGAGUGAGAGUGAAGUCACUGUGAGGCCGAGGUUAAGUCAUAACAGUAACACAUGUAGGCAAACUGACAGGGAGGACAGUAAGGGGGAGCAGGUCUAGGGGGAUCUCCACGCGGGGGUGGGGCAGGAAAGGCAUUCAGCAGCAGGCCCCACUUUUAAGCUUCUCGAAGGACCUGUUAGGGAGAGAAGAUGCUUAAUAACUUGUAAGCUAGGAACCAAAAGCCCAGUUACCCCCAAGUGCCGCAAGGCCACGGGGCCUCGCAGAGUCAACUGCCCCUUUUAAGUCAUUUCAGUCUUCUGAGUACCAUCUUUUAGACCUGCACAGUGGGACAAUCCAGUCAUCGCGGCCAUCAUCAGAUCCACAGGACAAGGACCUCCCUGGACCUUCCCAGCCGAAAGAGAUGACCCGCGCCGUCUGAGCACGGGCUAUGGGUUUAUCUCAUUCAGGCCCACGCCCCAGCCUCAGGGCCUAAAAUCCUCUCUCGGUCCCUCACAGCGGGAGCCCUCCGCUCCAAGCUCGCGGAAGGCACGGCCGGAAGGGGCGGCCCUACGCCCGGUGAAUCCUUCUCGCCAUGGCUUCUCGUGGCGUCGUUGGCAUUUUCUUGCUCUCUGCUCUCCCUCUCUUGUGUCUGGAGCUCCGGCGCGGGAUCCCGAGUCUCGGAAUUAAAGAUCUCAUUUUGCUCAGUGGCCGGGUAUUCCUACUGCUGGCCCUGCUUACGAUCGUCAUUUCCGUGACCACCUCCUGGUUUAGCUCACUUAAACCUCCCCAAGUUCAUCCGAAAGAAGGAGAAGAAGAGAAUGCGAAAAGACAAAAACUCGCGAGGGAGAGGCAACAAGAAGCCCAGGGUGAGAAGGCCAGCAGAUAUAUACAGAAUGUUUUAAAGCCUCAGCAGGAAAUGAAGUUGAAAAAACUGGAAGAGCGGUUUUACCAGAUGACGGGGGAGACCUGGAAGCUGAGCACCGGCCACAGACUGGAGGAGGAUGAAGAUUCGGAGUUUGAAAAUUCAAGUCAAGCGUCUUUUGAAACAGUUAACGGAGAGGCAGCAAGAAGACAGAACUUGCCUAAGUUUUUGACUGAAAUUUCACCACCCGCUCAGCCGCCCUCAAGGAAGGAGGUUCCUGACUUACCUGAAGAACCAUCAGAAACAGCUGAAGGGGUGGUUACUGUUGCCCUCCGAUGCCCAAGUGGACAUCUUUUGAGGAGAAGAUUUUUCAAGUCGUGGAAUUCACAGGUCUUAUUUGACUGGAUGAUGAAAAUUGGGUACCACAGAUCCCUAUACGGCCUCUCCACUUCCUUUCCCAGAAGGCCUUUGGAAGUGGGGGGAGGCUCGUCACUGGAGGACAUAGGAAUAACUGUGGAUACUGUACUUAAUGUGGAAGAGAGAGAGCAGAGCAGCCAGUAAGGAGAAGUACCUGAGUCCUUCAACACAGUGCUGUUCACAGUAAAGCCAUGCUGUACCUUGAGCUCCUCUUGUCCACAGGCGUGUACUGCGGAUGAGGACCGCCAUGUGAUGGUGUGUGUCUCUGUCAUCUUAUAAUGUGAAGAGGUAAAAAGCACAUAUCGUAAGACAGGCAGGCAUCUGAUGUUACUGCCUCAACUCCCAGGAUUUCUGAGUUAAUUAGACUAUCUUCAAACCAAACCAAACCAAACCAAACCACACCACACCACACCACACCACACCCUAGCUUAUGUAAGAACUAUGAUUUCUGCUUGAGUCUACCUUACCAUAUACUAUUUCACAAUUCAGUCAAAAUCUAAGGAGGAAUGUAGAUUCUAUUGUAUUUCUAAAAAUUUAAAGAAAUUCCACAGCCAACUGAUCCUAUAUAAUUUUGACUUAAAUCUGGAGAUAAAGUUUGUAUUACAUGAACUUUGGGGAAUAUAUUGAAACUGCAGUAAACAAGGCCAUUGUUCUAAGUGCAUUUGAAAUGUGAGCUGUUGUUUGUGUGUGUACUGAUGCCCUUAGCAGAGCAUGUCAACCUGUGGGGUCCUGUGGGGCUCCAAACAACCCUCUCACAGGGGUGCACCUAAGACCAUCUGCAGUAGCAAAAUUAUUUUUUUUUCUUUUCUUUUUUUUGAAGCUGGGGACUGAACCCAGGGCCUUGCGCUCGCUAGGCAAGCACUCUACCACUGAGCUAAAUCCCCAACCCACAAAAUUAUUUAUAAAGUAGCGACAAAAUAAUUUCAUGGUUGGGUAUUACCACAAAUGAGGGCCUGUAUUAAACAGCCUCAGUAUUACAGAGGUUGACAACUGCUGCCUUAGUCUGUCUUAAGGUAUAUUUCUUAAUUUUUUUGGAGAGAGUUUCAUGUAGCCUUGAAUUUCCUGAUCCUCUCCUGCCCCCUUCCAAGAUCCUGGGAUUACCAGGCUGAGCUACUGCAUCCCGUUAAUGAACCGGUAGACGGACCCUUGUGCCUCAUCAUGCACGGCAAGUACGCUAUAUCAAUUGAGCUCCUUCCCAGGCCCCAUGAUUUCUAUCCUUCAAUUUCCAAACUACCCAAGGCUCUACUUGUGGUGUGUGUCUUCAAAUCACUCUACAGACAGAUGUUAAGUAAACCCUGGCGAUGGUAUGCAUGACCUCGGAAUCUCAUCAUUACCACUGCUACUAAACAACAAACAGGUCAAUUCCCACCUCUAGGUCAAAGGAGACAAUCAGCUUUUAAAGUUUCUUGUGUUA